CAUGGCUCCAGUUGUUGCGCCUGCGGCCAUUGCGGUCGGAAGGGAAGAAAGCGGGGAAAUGUAAAGGGAAACAGGGAAAAAUAAGGAAGAUGCCCCGAUCAUUCUUGGUGAAGAAGGUCAAGUACCCGGUGAGCAACCACCAUCACGGUGGUGGUCCACGCUGGUACAGGGAGCCGUCCAGCCCGACCGAGGCAGCUCCGGUACCAAGUCCGCAGCCCAGCUCGCCCUGCCGCGCCGAUGGCACACUGUCUGUGCCUGCUUAUGAUUGCCCAUUGUACGAGAGCAGUCCCGCUGACGUCACGGUACUUCCGGCCACCACCGACAGCGGUACCUGGCCUUCAGAUGCCAAAGAAUACCACGAGCUGUCUCCUGCACUACAGUACGACGCAUUAGUCGACCAAGUCGCCAGCACUGUUGAUGUCGUCUCUGACCCCGUUGAACCUCUUAUCCAGCAGCACACCCGCGACCAGCCGCCUUUGACAGACGGUCGCAGUCGACGUCGUGACACUUCCCCGAGGAGUCCAGAGCAUCCUCGAUACACGUGUGGCGAGUGUGGGAAGCACUAUGCGACUUCUUCCAACUUAUCGCGGCACAAGCAGACCCAUCGAAGCCCGGACUCGCAGCUGGCCAAGAAGUGUCCCACGUGCGCCAAAGUGUACGUGUCCAUGCCGGCGCUGGCCAUGCACGUGCUGACACACAAUCUGAGCCACAAGUGCCAGGUGUGCGGCAAGGCCUUCUCCAGACCCUGGCUCCUGCAGGGCCAUAUGCGCUCCCAUACGGGUGAGAAACCCUUUGGGUGCGCCCACUGUGGGAAGGCCUUUGCCGACCGCUCCAACUUGCGCGCCCACAUGCAGACCCAUUCAGGAUUUAAGCACUUCCAGUGCUCACGCUGCCAAAAGUCAUUCGCCCUUAAAUCCUACCUCAACAAGCAUCUUGAGGCCGCCUGCCUCAGGGAGGAGGGCUGCGUGUCUUCCGCGGGUGAAGAUUCCUUUGAUGGCUUAGCGACGCUUUAAUGGAAGCACCACCGACGAACCAACAUCAGGGUCACCGCAGUUCAAGGCCUUUGCACACUUUGCGAUGCAUUUUUCACAGUGCAUUCGUACGUUCACGAAUACAGAAUCGCGUUAUAGUGAGGGUAUAGGA